CAGAUUUUUCCAUUUUCCGAAUCAUGCAUUUUUGAUCGAAGAAAGAGUUUGCCCCUUUAUUGUGAAGUUUUUGCGUCUUUUACGUUCACCGUUAACUUUCGUGUCCAGGGAUUCUUCAUACGUCAAAAUCUCAUCCUUGUUGGUUAUCAGUUUUCAUUUUAUCAAGAAGAGAAGGACGCAGAAUUCAGCGAUGUCGAACCACGAUGAACUCAUUUCACAAUUCGCAAACAUUGCAAGUGUUGAGACAGAGCGGGCCAAAUUUUACUUGGAGGCUGCUGACUGGAAACUUGAAGUUGCCCUUGCCAGCUUUUACGAGAACUGUGGGUCUGAUUCCCCAGAUAUCGUCGAAGUAGAAAAUGACGCUUCGUCAGACUCUGCCUCAGCUCCUCCUCCAGUUCCAGCCAAGGCAUCCUCUGACCCAGCUCCGUCUUCUUCUGCCGCAGAGCCUAAGAAAAAACCCAAACCCAGCUCCAGCAGUAGAAUAGCCACCCUUGCAAGUUUCAAAGAUAAAGAAGAAAAUUCUGAUGAAGAUGAAGGCCAAGCAUUUUAUGCUGGUGGCUCAGAGCAUUCAGGACAACAGGUCAUUGGCCCUGGCAAAAAGAAGAAGGAUUUUGUUUAUGAAAUGUUCAAGUCAGUUCAAGAGCAAGGAGCAGAAAUAGUCGAUGCAAGCAAUCCAGUUAGCCGGAGCUCUGCAUUUGAAGGAACUGGAUAUCGCCUGGGCGCAACGAGCAACGAUACUGAAGUCGUCAAUUCUAGUAGCUCCACGAGUCGACAAUCAUCAGCUGUUGCGAUCACUUUAAAACUGUGGAGAGAAGGAUUCAGCAUUGAUGAUGGUCCAAUUCGAGAAUACACAAAUCCAGAAAAUCAGGACUUUCUGGACGCUAUCAAAAGAGGAGAAGUACCUCAGGAAUUAGUGCGAAAUGCUCGAGGCGGAGAGUUCCAUCUCAACAUGGAGGAUCAUAGAUUUGAAGAUUAUGUGGCUCCAAAACCUAAAGUUAAAGCCUUUGCCGGAGAAGGUCAUGUUCUUGGAAAUCCCUCUCCUGCUGUUGUUGGCACCACCAAAGUAUUGGACGAGAAAGAUAGAUUAGCAAAUGAAAAUCAGGCAAAGCAGACUAUACCAGUUGAUGAGUCGAGCCCGACAACAUCAAUCCAAAUCCGUUUGGCGGACGGAACAAGGCUUGUCGCUCGACUGAAUCAUUCGCAUACUGUAGGGGAUGUUAGGAGAUAUAUUACUGUAGCGCGACCUCACUAUGAAAUCCAGAACUUUACUCUUAUGACUACGUUCCCAAGCAAAGAACUGAGUGAUCCUUCUCAAACAAUAGCCGAAGCAGGAAUUUUAAAUGCCUCUCUCCUGCAAAGACUCACGUAGUGUCUCCUAAUUUCUAUCAGAUUUCAAUUUGUUUUUACUGCACUAUUUUUCAACCAUUUUUCAAAUUUUUUAGAAUGUUUCUAAUUUCAGUAACAGUCAUCCAGUGAACCACCCAUGGUUUGUUUGUAUCCAUAUCCUUUAUUUUCAAUUAUUUUAAGUUGUUCAGUUUCAUGGGUUUUAAGCUUGUACUACGUUUCCUUGUUGAUCACAUUCUGUUAAAACUUGAAUGAAAAUACUUUUUCCUGUCUCUUGGUAGUCAUGGAAUAUUCUUGUUCAGUGUGCAUUAAAUUUUUUCCUUUAGGCCCUGAACUUGAUAACCUCCUUGAUCCCUGUGGGACUUUUUAUUUGAUGCUUUUUUUGGAUUAAGAAGAUUCUUUGAAUUUUAAUAUUUUUUUCUUUCUUUUUUUCUAUUUUUAUUGAGAACCAGGUGAUAUGAAAAUGUUAAAGUCUUUCUAAAACCUUUUUCUGACUGUAAAUUUAAAUUUUCAAAUGAGUAUUCGUAAAACUUUCCUUUUUACUUUUCUAAGCAUUGCACUAAUUGAUCCUUACAUCAGGAUUUUUGGAGUUUGUAACGAAGAUUUCAUUUUUGCUCAAUCAGAAGAGAAAGCAAACUAAGAACAAGAAUAGCUAUAAAAAUUAUAAGUUUUAUUCAUCAGGAAUUUUGGCACCUUUAAGGAAGAAUUAUUAUCUUUUUUUGUCAAUAUCUUGUUGAAAACAAACCAGCAGAGGUCCUCAUUAGUAUUUUAAAUGUUUAAAAUUUACACUCAAGUCUGUUUGUUAAGUCUCUCUUAAAUCGUACUUUUUCAGUAUGUCCCAAACUUUUUAAUUAAUAAGGCUUAGGAGGGACAAAUGUUUCUAGUUCAUAAUGUAGCUAGUCUCUGCAUAUCUUACCCAGUUUGUUUGCCAUUUUCACGCAGAUAUCUGAAGUGCUAACUUUCAUUGAGCUGAACCGUUGUUAAAACAACAUUCAGCCAAGAUUUUUUUUUUUUUUUUUAUAAAUUUCGAAUGAAGACUUAAAGCUGGACACAACGCUCUAUGAAUGUGCAAGAGCUGUCACCUACUCUUGAUGAACCAAAAAUCUGGAAUAUAAAGCCAGUUCUUUCUAUUUUCCCCCCCUAAAAUUCUUGCCUGUAUUUACUAUCCAAAUUCCUCGUUUGGUUCCAAUCUCUAAAAUGCUGUGAACGUAGCCAAUACUUUUGUACUUCUGAGAAGUUUCAUCGCAGACUUCUAAACUGGGAGUUUCUCAUGCCAUCUUGGGUCCUAUUAGCUUGUUAGUCAAUGAAAGGUCGAUUGAAUCUUUCAAAAGCUAAUGAAUAUUGCAGGGAAUGUGGCAAAAUGUCAGGUCAGAAGCAGUUAUAUUUCGCUGUCUGUGCCUUUAUUUGUGUUAUUUUUUUUUAUUUUGGUAUUUUUUGAAUUAACUUUCUACUCGAUUGUAAUUAAUUUAUUCCAAUUUAUUUUUUGUUUUCAUUGAUUCAUUGGUAUUUAUUUGGAUCACUAAAACUGAAUAAAGUAAUUGAAAACUGAA